UAAGACCGGGCAAAUCAAAACCUAAAUUAGUAACUCACAUAGAAGGUAAUAGAGAGACAAAGCCCCCCUCUCUCUAUCCCGAUCGACUUCGAUUUUUUCUGCAUAUCCAGAUCUACUCACUUCGUUUAUCGGUUUAUUUUUGUUGAAAUCCCCUUUCUCGGAUUCAUAGAUUGAUAUAUUUGCGGGUACAAUGGCGGGUUAUAUUAAGGGGGUGAACAGAUCGGCGUCGACGGCGUUCGCGCCGGAUGGUGCGUACAUCGCCGCUGGAACGAUGGCUGGGGCGGUGGAUCUGCAAUUCAGCUCAUCCGCCAAUCUCGAUAUAUUCGAGCUUGAUUUCGUGUCAGACGAUCGGCAGCUGAUCCUGGCAGGCACUGUCCCGAGUUCUGAGCGCUUCAAUCGGAUUUCCUGGGGCAAGGGCCUCGCGAAUUCGGAAGAGUAUUCCCUUGGACUGAUCGCCGGUGGCCUUGUUGAUGGCAACAUUGGGAUUUGGAAUCCUAAACACGUGAUCUGUUCUGACCCCAGUAAAAGGGGUUCUGAUGCAAGUGAGAAUGCUUUUGUUGCGAACCUAUCACGGCACAAGGGACCUGUUCGGGGCUUGGAGUUCAAUUCUCUUUCCUCAAACCAUCUUGCUUCUGGUGCUGAUGAAGGCGAUAUUUGUAUAUGGGAUGUAUCAAGACCAGCAGAACCAAGUCAUUUUCCACCACUCAAGGGUAGUGGAUCUGCAACACAAGGUGAAAUUUCAUUUUUGUCCUGGAAUAGUAGGGUUCAGCACAUACUGGCCUCCACUUCAUUUAACGGAACAACUGUGGUGUGGGAUCUCAAGAAGCAAAAGCCAGUUAUAAGUUUCACAGAUUCAAUUAGGAGGAGGUGCUCUGUGUUGCAGUGGCACCCUGAUGUUGCCACUCAGCUAAUUGUUGCUUCAGAUGAAGACAGCGCACCUUCUCUUAGGCUGUGGGAUAUGCGCAACAUAAUUGCUCCAGUAAAAGAAUUUGUUGGGCACACCAAAGGUGUGAUUGGUAUGUCUUGGUGUCCCAUGGACAGCUCUUAUUUGCUUACCUGUGCCAAAGACAACCGUACCAUAUGCUGGGACACUGUAUCUGGAGAGAUUGUGGCUGAAUUGCCCGCUGGAACCAACUGGAAUUUUGAUGUGCACUGGUAUUCUAAGAUUCCUGGAAUCAUAUCAGCAUCUUCAUUUGAUGGCAGAGUCGGCAUUUAUAAUAUUGAGGGUAUUGGUCGAUAUGGUGUUGGAGAGGGUGGUUUUGGAAUAGCACCUUUGAAAGCCCCCAAGUGGUACAAGAGAAAAGCUGGAGUUUCACUUGCCGCAAUACAAAAUGGGGACAGAUCAGCACUUAAACUUUUGUGCGAAAGGAAAUCUCAAGAAUCUGAAUCUGAUGAGGAGAGGGAAACAUGGGGCUUCAUGAAAGUUAUGUUUAAUGAGGAUGGGACUGCAAGGUCAAAGCUGCUUUCUCAUCUUGGUUUCAGUGCACCUGUUGAGGAAAGCGAUACUUUAAACAAUGAUGCCUCUGAGCAUGUAAAUACUCUUGGCCUUGAUGAGAGUGCAGCUAUUAGAGAAGGAACUUCCGGUUAUCAAGAAUCUGACCUGUUUGGAACUGAUAACGGAGAGGAGUUCUUUAACAAUCUUUCUACUCCAAAGGCAGGGACGUCACUGUCCAAAAACAAGGAUGAAUUUGUCAAUGAAGACUCUUUAAAGGAAACCCAUCCAGAAACUGACGGACAAGAGGAGAUUCCUGAUUCUUUAUUUGAUGAUGCUGUUCAACGUGCUUUGGUUGUUGGAGAUUACAAGGGGGCAGUGGCGCAAUGCAUUUUAGCAAAUAGAUUGGCGGAUGCUUUGGUUAUUGCCCAUGUAGGUGGUGGUUCCUUAUGGGAUAACACACGUGACCACUACCUCAAGACUUGUAGUUCUCCCUACCUAAAGGUUGUUUCUGCCAUGGUGAACAAUGACCUAAUGAGCAUAGCUAAUACCAGACCUCUAAAAUCAUGGAAGGAAACUCUUGCUCUCUUUUGCACUUUUGCACAGUCAGAACAGUGGGCUCAGUUAUGCGAUACACUUGGUGCUAGACUCAUGGUUGCUGGUGAUGCUACUGCUGCAACUUUAUGUUACAUUUGUGCUGGAAAUAUCGACAAAACUGUGGAGAUUUGGUCUAGGAAUUUGGCAAAAGAUCAGGAUGGAAAGCCUUAUGUUGAACGUCUCCAGGAUUUAAUGGAGAAGACUAUAGUAUUUGCUUUGGCUACUGGACAGAAGCGAUUUAGUGCUUCAUUAUGCAAACUAGUGGAGAAAUAUGCUGAAAUAUUAGCAAGUCAAGGGCUUUUAACUACAGCAAUGGAGUAUUUGAAUCUUCUCGGCACAGAGGAGUUGUCUACCGAACUUAUUAUCUUACGUGAUCGCAUUGCUCGGUCUACUGAGCAAGACAAAGAAGUUGAGAAAACUAUGACUUAUGAGAACCGUCAAAUGCAAACUGGACCCACAUAUGGUGAUCAAUCGAGUUAUGGUGCUGUCGAUGCCUCCCAACACUAUUAUCCGAAUACUGCCCCAUCCCAGUUCCAACAAUCUGUUCCCAGCAGUCCAUAUGGUGACAAUUAUCAGCAGCCGCCCACUGUUUCAUAUGGAAGAGGUUACAAUCCUCCUACUACAUAUCAGGCAACCUCGCAGCCCAACGCACCCCAGCCUUCCAUGUUUGUCCCUUCCCCUGCACCUCCAGCCCAGACGGGAAGUUUUCUUCCACCUGUCAACACUCAGCCCACUGCAAAAUUUGUCCCCACAACCCCUCCUUUAUUAAGAAACGCAGAGCAAUAUCAGCAGCCAUCGACUUUGGGUUCCCAGUUGUAUCCAGGGUCUGUCAAUCCUAGCUAUCAAGCUAAUCCUAGCUAUCAAGGUGGUCCUCCAGGGGCUCCAUCAUAUGGUGCCAACACACCUCAGGUUCCAACUCCUGGGCAAAAGAUGUCACAGGUCUUUAUCCCUACUCCACCAACUAGGGGAUUCACGCCUAUAUCUAGUUCAGGGGUACAAAGACCAAGAAUGAAUUUGGUGCAACCUCCGAGUCCUACUCAGCCUGUUCCAGUGCAGCCAGCAGCUCCUGCUGCUCCCCCUCCUACUGUUCAGACUGUUGAUACGUCAAACACGAGUGAAGCAUUAGGAGGAGGACCACGCAAGCGAGAAAUCGAGGAUAACUCGAAGAAGAUAGGUGCCCUGUUUGCAAAGCUCAAUAGUGGAGAUGUAUCUAAGAAUGCUGCGGAAAAGCUUGUUCAACUUUGUCAGGCCCUGGACAAUGGUGAUUUUGGUACUGCCCUCCAAAUCCAGGUGCUGCUGACGACGAGCGACUGGGAUGAAUGCAACUUCUGGUUAGCAGCACUCAAAAGAAUGAUCAAGACCAGACAGAAUUUCAGAUAAAUUAUGAAUCAACUGUGAUUGUGGUUUUUGCUUCAGUCCUAUAGGUGUGACGUUUGUACACAAGAGCUUAAUUGAGUGCCGCUUCAUAUUUCACUUUCAUUUUUUUUUUUUUUCGGUGAUGUGAUAUUGUUUUGCUUUAAUUUCAUUUGAAUUCUUCGAGAACAGUCCAACAAGAUACAAUUCUGAGGACUAUGAUAGUUUUCCUUUUGCAAAUUAUCUUCAUUGCAUAGCGUAUCUAGUAUUGAGAUAUAGAUUUUUUUUCUUCCUCCUUUAUUUUCUGAUAUGUGUCACACUUUUGUAAUUUAACCCUUUUGGAACUUGCACCAUCUUCUAAGACAUCGGGUUGUUUGAUUUGUAUUUGCUUUGCUGUUGUCUUGUGACUCUUGUCCACUUU